AUUUCAUAGAUUUUCUGCAGGAAAUUUACGUUUUUUAUUGAAAAGUAUUAUAUAUCAAGUUAAAGAACUCGGAGCGCAGAAGUUUUGGCAAUGGGACUGAUUGAUCUGCUCAUUGUUGCACUGAUUCCAGUUACCAAAGUACUUUUGGUUACAGGGGUUGGCUUGUUUCUUGCCUUGGAUCAUGUUAAUCUCUUAGGGCCAGACGCCAAAAAUCAUUUGAAUAAACUUGUAUUCUAUGUGUUUGGCCCUUCACUUGUGGCUAUCAACUUGGCUGGAACCAUCACUUUUGACAGCUUUCUAACACUGUGGUUCAUGCCGGUGAAUAUUUUGAUAACAUUCAUUAUUGGCUCAGCACUUGCUUGGAUUCUCAUCAAAAUCACUAAAACUCCUAGACACCUUCAAGGCAUGGUCAUCGGCUGUUGUUCUGCUGGAAAUUUGGGGAACUUGCCUCUCAUUUUAGUUCCAGCGGUUUGUGAGGAACCAAAUAAUCCAUUUGGAGAUUCAUCCACUUGCUCUGCAAAUGCUGGUGCUUAUGCUUCACUGUCUUUGGCUGUAGGAGCCAUUUUCAUAUGGUCCUAUGCGUAUGGCAUCAUGCGUUCAUACGCUAAUAUCUGCAAAGAAGAUAGCUUGACCAUCACCAUCCAGACUUCCGAGGAGACGUCGGAAGCAGUUUUGGAAAGUUGUCGAGAAGCUUUACUAAUUUCAAAGGAUCGUCUUGCUUCAGAUGAAUAUUCGAUACAAGAACUCCCUCUCCACAACUUUGGAACACAAAAAGAGAUUUCAGUUUUAAAGAAGGGAUUUCAAUGCAUAAAUAGGAUCAUGAAGAAGAUUAACCUGAAGGAAGUGCUUGCACCAUCAGCAAUUGCAGGGAUUGUUGGAUUUAUUGUUGGGACAGUCUCUCCGAUCCGACAACUACUAAUCGGUGCCGAUGCUCCUCUUCGUGUUAUCGAGUGUUCUAUAAAUUUGAUUGGGGAACCAACAGUUGCAUGCAUGACCUUGCUAGUGGGAGCAAAUCUUCUAAAAGGCUUAAAAGGAUCAGAUAUGAGUCCUUCAAUCAUUGUGGGAAUAAUAGCAGUGAGGAACAUAUUGAUGCCUCUGUUCGGCGUCGGUGUUGUUAGAGCUGCACAGCAUUUCGGCGUCGUUGGAUCGGACCCCUUGUUCCAGUUUGUUCUUAUGCUUCAAUACGCCCUUCCUCCUGCCAUGGCAGUAGGCACGAUGACACAACUAUUUCAGGUUGGCCAAAGUGAAAGUUCCGUGAUUAUGCUAUGGACUUAUGCGGUAGCUGCAUUCUCCAUCACCAUUUGGUCAACGGUUUUCAUGUGGCUUCUAGUUUGA